AUGAGCACGGACGCACAGCAGCUCGAGGCAAUGGCAGCGGCCCAGCUGUCUCAGAUGAAGGGUAUGGCUCUGGGUGCGCCUUUCCUCGCGGUAUGCUGCGAUUCCCUUCUCAUGGGCGUAAUCCUCUGCCAGAUGACCCACUGGAUCCCAAUGGCCAAGCAUGAUGUCCGGCAUGUGCGUAUACUGGUCGGUAUCGCCUCGAUCGCGGCCUUGCUGGGGACAGCCUUUACCUGGUCCACCUACCUCCUCGCCUUCGUAUACGACUUUGGCUCAUACAGCCGCUUUGUCAGCUUUGACUUCUUGGGAUGGUACGGCACCCUCGACAUGCUCAUUGUCAUUCCUGUUCAGCUCUUCUUCCUCGAACGAUCAUACAGGAUCAACAACAAGAGCCUCGUCGUCCUCGCUAUCGGCGCAACGAUGAUCACCGCGACGGCAUCAAUGGGUAUUGCGGUCACCAUCACCUCGCGAGGCCUGACCACCUUUACCCGUACCUCUACUAUGCUGAACCUCUGUACCGCCUGGCCCGCCGUCUGCACCUCGACCCAUAUCUGGCUGACCAGCUCCAUCUUGUACGGUCUCUGGGCAUCCCGCUCCAUCUCGCAGCGGGCUAACAGGCUCCUGACCCGCCUUAUCGUGGUGUCGAUCGAGUCUCAGCUACCUGCGACGCUGGUCGCAGCUGUCAUGAUGCUCGUCAUUAUCGUCGACAACAAGUCGCCUGUCAUUCCCUUCAUUGCCGUCGUGCACCCCAAGGUGUUCAUGGUUGGUCUUUUGGCCAUGGUUAACCUCCGCCACACCUGGCGCCUGAAGGGCAAGGUUCCUACGACCUACAACAGCGAACCCUUUUCCACACGCCCGACCAACAUCUCCCUGGGCUCGACCACCGAGACCCUGAGCUGCCACACGCCCAAGGCCGACGUCGACGUGAUGGGCCUCGGCCGACACCCGUCCGGCCUGUCGACGUUGGAAUCGGGACUCGCGCUGGACACGCUCCGGAACAGUGAGAUGAGCGAGAAACGGUCUCCUUUCGAGUAG